UGAUUUCCUUUCAUGAGAACAGAACAGUGUGAGAGAAUAUGUAGGAACAUUUUUCUUCAAGUCAAAUCUUUUAAUGUUAUACCAAGUGCUCUACCUUGGAUACAACAUUUUUAUCACUUUGAUAAUUCUGGAUGCUAUGGAGACCAACGGUACUCGAUCAGAUAAGCCAUGGCCACCUAAUUUCUGGAAUCAAAUAUUAACAGCAUUUUCUGUGUCUAUGAUCAUUGGACUCGUAAUUGGAGCUAUAAUCUGGGCUUUAUUGACUUGCCUAUCCAGCCGCAGAGCAAGUGCACAUAUUUCCCACUGGAGCCCCUCAUCUUCCAGUCGGCAUUCCAGAGCCUCUCAUGGAAGUGCUGUCACCAGGCCAGGAUUUUACCGUAACAGCAGCUGUGAACGCCGGAGUAACCUCAGCUUAGCCAGCCUUACCUUCCAAAGGCAAGCUUCCUUAGACCAAGCCAACUCCUUCCCCAGGAAAUCAAGUUUCCGGGCCUCCACGUUUCACCCUUUUCUGCAAUGCCCUCCACUUCCUGUUGAAACUGAAAGCCAGCUGAUUACUCUAGUGCCCACUAGUACUACCACAACCCUUACUGGGAACACCACCAACAGCCUCUCUAAUCCUGAAUUCCAUUGGUCCAAUAACAGCCUUCGUGUCUGCCACUCAACACAAACUCCACCUCCUGCCUAUGAUUCUAUCAUAAAGGCUUUUCCAGACUCUUGAUUUUGAUUCUUGAUAUUGUACAUAGAAAGAAUCUCAGCUCUGUGACUUUCUUUGGGAAGAUACCACUGAAUCUGGCCAAAGCGAAAACUAUACUACAGAAAUACCAAUGACAGCAUCACUGUGAUACAGGAUAAACAGAGAAAACAUCGGUAUCUUUUUGCUUUGAAGACUUUCCUUACACUAUUUGCAAUGAUCUGCAGUGCUUUUAUAUUUAUCUUUGCUUUGUAGCUAUUCCUAUUAGUUUAUAUGAUGUCAAUUUCUUUCACACUAAAGAAACUGAAACAUUACCAAAGACGCAAACCUCAGAAUAGAGGAAGAUAACUGUAAUCACAGUAUUGUUUAGGUUACUGUUCUAGUCCUUUUUGUGUAGGAUUUUGCUUUUCACAGUGUCACACUGUAGAAAUUUUGAUUUCCAAAAUAUUUUUUCUCUUGAUUAUUCAUUAGUAUACAAUCUGGCAAUGUAACGGUAAGCAACAUCUACAGGAAUUCUUCAGCAAAUAUCAUAGUUUUAAAUGCUUAAAUAUUUGUAUUAUCUUUUGCAAGAGUUAUAGCUUUGUUUUCUGUUUCAAGGAAGGGUAGGGAAAGUUUGGCCCAUGGACCACAUUGUUUCUAUGGGGUGAGAUCCUAGGCGUAGCCCUGUGGAGGACAUGGCCCUACAAGGGCCUCUAAGAGUCCAAUAUAACUUCCUAACUUCAGCAGCUGCCCAGCCCUAUUUUAAGGUAUAGCUCCUUCAAAACACAGUCUGAUUAAGAUUGUAGCCAUUUAAACACUUAGCUGGAGGUAUGUGUGUGCCUUCAGCUUGCCUGUCAACUUAUGACAACUCCUCUGAAACACAGCCUAUUUCUUGAGGGGAUCCAGAAAUGGUUGUUUGUAACAGAGAUGCGGGACAUAAAUAAAGUAUUAUUAUUAUUAUUAUUAUUAUUAUUAUUAUUAUUAUUAUUAUUAUUCAAGUAGUAAUCAGGCCUGAUCCUACUUAGUUUCUAAGAACAGAUGGGAUCUGAUGCCUUCAGGGUAUAAGUUCAUUUCAAUCUACAAGUACAUACUUCUGAAUAGAUAUGCAUUGGAUUUGCUGGCGGAAAAAAGUUUCAUGGGAACAACAGCAGAUUCAUGUUGGUGUCCAUGGAUGCAGGAUUUGGGGAGUAGAAGCCCCACUGGAUACCCCAUAAACAUGAAAGUAAAAAGAGGCAUAAAUUGAGAAUUCUGUUCUGCAACUUCUGCAAACUAUAACAUUUUUUUAAAAAAUUCAAAGGGUAACAAAUAUUUUGAUAAGAGUGCUGGAAUUCACAGGAAACUUUGCUGGCUGUGUUUUAACACUAUCACAAAAUUGCAAGGUCAUCACCAUUCUUCCUGGUGGAAAUCACACAGAUGAUAUCAUUUCCACACUGGGGAUGAUGGAACAGAUAAUGUCUGACCCAUUCUUUCAUAGAUGUACAGAUGCUGGUGUUCCUGAAUACUCACUUCCACUGUUGUUUCUUUUCUUCUCUCGCCUAUGGGAAGCAGCUACACCCUUGGGAUAGUCGAAGGCAUAGAUGGCCAUGGUAGCAGGCACUUUCAAGGUCAAGACAAGGAAGGUCCUAAAGUUCAAAGAGAUCACUUCACAUUUCAUUUUCACAUUUUUCUUCUUCAGUCUGUCUGAAUGCUCAUGAAUAGAGAGUCCAGUACAAUGCAGGUGGAAGGGGUGUGAAGUCCUUUUGUGGAUUUUCCCUAGGAAAUUGCCUUCAGGCAAAUUUAUCUGCUGCUGGUGAUGAUAACUGUAGGCCACUUUAGAUUUCCCAUAAAAUGUCCUGUGCUGCUAAAUUAGGGGUAUUUUCCUUAAUUAAAAUGGCACCCAACUUGUAGACGUAGAUGCUUGUACAACAGCAGAAUUCCUCUCAGCUCUUUGAGGAUGCCAAGUGCUGAUAUUAUACCACAAUGUUUUCCUGACUGAAAUCUCACUUUUUCCUAAGCAGCUAUAUGGUUUAUUUUCAUACUGAUAUAUAGGAUCAUGCAAAUAGCUGUAUUCUUAGUACCAUGGGACAAACAAUGGUAUUUGUAUGUGUGUGAUUUCACUUCUGAAAAUGGUAUAUGGGGGAAAUGAUUCAAUUUAAAAAUAGUGCUCUCUUUAUAGGGGAAAAGAAAGUACACUUGUUAAAAUCUUUAAAUUCCAAACAUCAAUUUUACCCAAUUUUGGCCAAAUAAUAGCUUUUAUGUAAGUUUGAUAUUCCCUUUUCCAGCCCUAGAUAUGAAACUGUAAGUAGCUAUUUUUACAUUUUACAUUGAGGUCACAGCCAAGAGGUCAGAGUUAAUGAAGGAGAUUCCCAAAAUUGACUAAUUUAUCAAAAUGCUGGUACGAAUUUAAAACAGAUGGCCUUUUUGUGUUGAAGAGACCCUUUCUAUCAGAGGUUGGGUGAAAAAAAAAUUAACGUAUGAUUCUCAGAAGCUUUAGCCAGCAUGGCUAGGUCUUCUACCUCUUUGAGGACAUUGUCACCAGUCAUGGCUAUCUGUUUGGCAAGAAAAUGUAUAUCCUGCCCAUAUGAUGUAAUGGUUUGAGUACUGGACUAGGGCUCUGGGAGAUCAGGGUUCAAAUUUCCACUCAGCCAUAGAAACCUCUGAGGCGACCUUGGACAAACUAUGCUCUGUCAGCUUCGUGGGAAGGCAACGACAAACCUUAUCUAAAUUAAUCCUGCCAAGAAGACCCUAGGGUAGGAUUGUCAUAAGUUGGAUAGACUUUGCGUACAACAACAAUAACAAAUGCCCAUAGCGUAGGUCUGGUCUUCUCUUACAAAUAUUUGUGUGCAUUACUUCACUGCAGAAUAGAAGAGAGUCAGACUCAUUCUUAAACAGUAAAUUGAUUUGUGCAUUCCAAAGAAGAAGGAAUGUUUGAUCUGAGUUUUUAUUAUUUCCACAUAGAAAAUCAAUAAAGUCAUAUAAGCUUCAUGGAAGCUUCUAGUAUACCAGGAGAAUUUCCCCUUCUCCACAAACAAAGCUUUGCAAAGUUGUGUUUUAAGAGUAAUUUAAUGAUAUUGUAGAGUAUAAAUAUAUACCCUCCAAAAAUAGUUAUAGCUUCAAAAGCAAUUUUUGCUUUUCACAAAAAGAAAUUAAAAUAGUUUCUUUCAGUUACUUUUUAAAAAAGCACCUCUGAAUGCUGUAAAUUACUUCUUCUGCAUGUUACUAUGGUACAAAAUAUAUUCUUAUUCCUGUCCACUUUGCUACCACACACGAUUGCACAAGAUGGAAACAUUAGCCAGCACUUGAACCAUGUGAGACAUUCCUCUAAUAUUCAAUGAGGCAACAUAUCUGUAACCAUAAAGGUUACCAGAAUGUUACAGUUAUACAGCAAAAGAGGUGCACAAGAAUCUUAGAUUGGCUACUUAGUAAAGGACACAUAACUAAAUAAUGUCUUCUGGCCUGAUACACACACCUAGACCACCUUAAGAGCCAGCUGGCUGGUUUGGAUGAUAGCUGAGUGAUCAGAAUGCAAAGAAGAUGAGGUUUCCAUCCCUCCCCCCAGUCAGUAAGUAAGGCUUUGACAAGAUUUGCAAUAAGGGUACUGCUUCUGAUGAUUUCAGCCUUGUUCACUGGUUCACUGGUUCACUGGUUGGAGGGAGUGGAAAUUUCAUCUUCCUUGGCCCCACCUCCUGAAUAGACCUUCUUCACACAAUCCAGCAGCUGACUCUUAAGGAGGACUGGGGUGGCAUUAUGUAGGUUGCCCAUAAGCAUACAUAGAUUUAUUGAUUACAGACCAGUUAUGGAUCCAUAACAAAUCCAUAACUGCAAUACUGAAUACCAAUCAUAAUCCCUUGUUAAGUUACAAUUCUAACAUCACAUAAUUAGGCCUUAGUUACUGAAUCAAGAAUUCACUAUAAUUUGUCUGUAAUAUUACCCUAAGAAUUUGGGGGGGGGGGGGCAGGAGGUCCCCUCCAAGUAUGCCAGUUGUUGGGGAAAUUAUCCUUGCAAGAGAUUGGGUAACUUCUGAAAUUAGAAUGCCUGUAUAUACCAGUACUCACUGUAAGGACUCCAGGUUUGGGUGAACUAAAAAGGAUUUUAUUUAGAAAAAUAUCACACACAUGCAUGAUAGCAAUUCAAACAGACACAGCAUUCAGCAUUAGAGCUAAACAAAAUAGAGAAGUGAAGGUUGGAUAGGGGAGUUUGAGGGGUUUGCUGAGAGUGCUAAUUACCUGUUCAGAGAGCUGACCACAGAAAGCUGGAGUUGCUCAAACUGGGAGGUUUGAGGGUGGCACAAUUCAUACACAGAGCACAAAUGGGGGACAACUGUAUGCAUACUGUGAGUGUGCAGACUGGGUUUCUGGGACCCAUAUUUAUACAUAAAAAAACAGCCCUUGUCAAUGGGCUAUCUUGUGCAGAAACAAUGAUUUGAUGUUUGUUCCAUAGAAUCAACAAUGGUAUUCCAAACUGGUUGAUGGGUUUAACUUUAGGGGCACAAUGCAGUGAUUGGAUUCGGACAACCCCAGGGUGUCAAGAGAGGAUAAGGUAUUUGGAAAUAUGAUAGGAAGCUUGCAAGGAAGUUGGCUUACUGCUUAAGGUUCAAGGAAAUCCUUUGUUUCUGAGUUUCAAGAGGAAAUGGACAUGACUUGGGGGUAGGAAGGAGUGAUUACAACACUCAUUUAGGUUACAUGGGUCCUAUCCACACACCUUCAGGUCUUCUGUGACCCCUCAUGAGAAGUUCACCUGGCUUUGCAAAGGCCAUUGUGACCUCUUAACAAUCAUGUUUUUGGUCUCAAUGCAACAGAUAUGAAACAUUAAGAUGUGUAACCCCCCUCCCCCAAAGUGGGAUAUUCAGGGAGUGGUAACAGUAAUGAGUUCAUUACAAGCUCUGUUUAGAAAUCAUAUGUGUUUUCUUUCCUUACAUGAGACCAGAAAUGUGAAGAGAAGUAUAUGUCUAGAGUUUCUGUUAAAAUGUUGCCAUCAAAUCAUAUCAAGUUAGAUUCCCCAACUGUUUUUAGUACGAUCUGAUGCUUGCAAAGUUUAAGGCCUCAAUGUACUUGAUAAGGGCUAACAGCUAUUUUAAAAGGCCUGUUUUUGCCUCUAUCAUGAACCAAGAUUAAUGGAAUAGCUCAGAUGAAUGAAAUGGUGAACAGCAUUUCCUCACUUGGACAUAAAUGAGUCUUCUGGCCUUCUUUUUGACUAAUAAUGAAAGCAAUCUGAAAUAGGGUGAUUUUUUUAAAAAGAGAACUGCCAAAGAGCAUGUUACAAAUGAGUAGUAAGAGAGUUUAUAUAUGAUGUUAUUCCAUGCAUAACAUUAAUUUUUACAAGCAACAUAUGAAAUACUCUGUGUACUAUAUUUUUGUCUCCUGUAAUCCACACUGGAUGCAUACAGAAAUAUUUUUGUGUCAUGUGCGUGUUCAAGUUAUGGUAUCUGAAAUAUAAAUUCUUUGGUCUGUAACCACUUGUGAGAUCCGUGCUGUAUUACUGGUAGUCUCUCUCUUUAUAAACCAUUUCUUUAACUUGUGUUUUUUCAUCAUUAUGAAAAGCUGAAGGGUAAAUAAAAUUAAACAUCUUCAUCUGUGA